AUGGCUCACGGGCUCUUCGAGGCCUUCUUCGUGGCACGGGUGGUGCAAGGCGGCGGCGCCGGCAGCAUCGGCGGCGGCGAGGGCGGCGCCCCGGGCCAGCGCGGCGCGCUGUUUUGCCGCUUCGAGCCGCCCGGGGCGCGUGGCGUGGCGGUCCCCUCCCCCGACAACCUGCUGCCCUUCUGCUGGCCGCUGGGUGUGGAGGCGGUCAAGCCCAGCCCCUACUUGGUCACCUGCGAGUUCUCCUUCACGCUGACCGGCGGCGAUGGCCAGCGGCUGCACGGCUUCUGCCGCAAGACGCACGACACCACGCACCAGCCCAGCGCGAGCAGCGGCAAGGGCGGCGGCGCAGCCAAGGGCACCACCGCCUCGUCGGUGGAGCACAAGCGCUUCCCGCAGGUGCUGUGCAUCCUGUCGCAGCACUGCUGGGCCGCUUUCUUCAGCAAGGCGCUCGAGGUGGUUGACCAGCUGCUGGCCUCUCACGCCGCCUGCACCCAGCUGCCGCCAGACGCCCCGACCGCCCUCUUCAUGGCCGGCCUGCCGCGCCUGGUGGCGGCGGCGGGGCCCGCGCAGCCGCCGCUGGGCGCCGUGCUGCGCGUGCCGCUGCCCUACUCGGGAGCACCCAUCAGCGUGGACCGCAUGCGCCGCGCGCUGGCGGGGGCGGGCGGGGGCGGCCCGCUGCUGGGCAUGUCGCCAGAUGCCAUAGAGCUGGAGGUGCCCCCCAGCCUGGGCAACAGCACGGCCAACGCGGGCGUGUCGCUGGCGCGCCUGCUGUGGUUCCUGACGCCGCGCCAGGCUGUCACGCUGGUGGCCUCGCUGCUGCUGGAGCGGCGCAUCAUCCUGGUGGCACGUGACGCAGAGACCGUGUCGGCGGCGGUGCACGCGGCCGGCGCCAUGCUCUACCCCUUCCGCUGGCAGCACAUCUACCUGCCGCUGCUGCCGCUGGCGCUCAAGGACUACCUGGCGGCUCCGAUGCCGUACCUGGCUGGGGUGCUGGCCGAGUGCCUGCCGCUGCUGCGUGGCCUGCCGCUGGAAGAGGUGGUGAUGAUUGACCUGGACCGCCUGGGGUCGUGCACGCCCGAGCUGGGCAGCCCUGGUGACGACUACUGGCAGCUGCCGUAUGCGCGGGAACUGGAGGAUGUGUUCGAGGUGGUGCGGGAGCACAUCAAGAGCCCCACCGAGUUUGACAGCACGCCCAAGUGCACGGAGCUGCUGCAGGACUUCUUCCUGCGCCUGAUGGGCCGCUACCGCCAGUUUGUGAGGCCGGAUGAUGAGGUGACCCCGGCAGCGCUGGCCUUAGGCCUCGACCGGCCCCAGGCCAGCAGCCGCAGCAGCAACACCAGCAGCAAGGGCGCUGCAGAGGAGAACCCGCGCGCCCACGGCUUCCUGUUUGACCAGGCCGCCUUCAUCGCCGCGCACAAGCGCAAGGACAAGGUGGCGGCCUUCCUGCAGCAGUUCCGCAACUCCCAGAUGCUGGAGGUGUUCAUCACGGAGCGCCUCAAGCUGGCCUCGGAGGGAUACGUGACGGAGGACCCGUUUGAGCUCAAGGUCACGGAGCGCAACACGCGCAGCAGCAUCCGGCUGGGCAUCGCCGGUGUGGCGGCUGGCGGCGCCGCGCAGAAGGGGCGCAUCGGCAGCCUGCUGCGCAAGGCGGGCAGCGCGGUGAAGCAGGGCGGCGGCAGCAUUGUGGCCUCCAUCCAGCGCCUGGGCACCAGCCAGCAGGAGGAGCUGCACGUGUCUGUGCGCUCCCACAGCGGUCCCAACCUGUCGCGCAUGAGCCCCGGCCCCGGCGGCCUCAACCUUGCACGGCCCAGCCCUGGCAUCGCUGCAGCCGCGGUGAUAGCGCACAGCCGCACCAACAGCUUCAGCAGCAGCAGGCCGGGCAGCCGGUCCAGCAGCUACUCCAACCUGCACAGGGCGUCUGCCAACCUGGCUGCGCUCAACGGCGGGGUGGAGCCCUCACUAGAGCAGCUGCGGCCCGAAAUGUUCUUUGGCGCCGACGACGAGGACGACUCUAGCUCAGUGGCCUCUGAGGUGAGCAUGGAGCAGGGCGCGAUGCAGCAAGCGGCAAAGAGCAGCCCGGGGCCGCUAGAGAAGGCCAUGGGUGCCAGCGGCCGCUCCUUUGGAAGCCUCUUCCAUGGCACGCCGCCCCAUCCGCCUGUGCCUAGCAGCCGCUCGCCCCCGCAGCAGCAGCACGGCGCCAGCCGGUUUGGCACAACCGAAUCGUCUGAGCAGCACUCGGAGGCUGGGUGGCUCGGUGCGGUGGCUGGGGCCGCGGCCGCUGCGGCAGCAGCCAACAGCAGCACCGGCGUCAGCAGCAGUAGCCCCGCCAAUGACUAUGCUGGCGGCAGCAGGGGCCCAACCAGCGAGGCUGCCUCGUCUGCCAAGCGCCCCGCGGCCACGGCAACCGCGGCGGGAAUGGCGGCAUCGCCCGUCUCCCUUCUGGUGCUGCAGAGCCCCCUGGAGGCGGCACGGUGGCAGCAGAAGCAGCAGCCGCCCUCUGAGCAGCUGCAGGCGCGGCCGCAGCAGCUGUUUCCGGAUGCAGCCGCCACUCAGACGCCCCCCUCGGUGCAGCGCAGCGCCAGCAACCAAGGGUGGGCCACUUUUGGGGAUGAGCCGAGCCCUUUGGGCACGCCGUUCAUGCGGCAGGCGAGCGGGUCUGGCCGUGCCAAUGGCGGCGGCGGAUUGCUGCUGGAUACUGGCAGCAUGGGGCCUCUUGGGAUGGCCAUGUCUGGCGCGAUGCUGCGGCAGGCCAGCGGCGGGGUGCCACCGGCUGACAGCAGCACCCCUCCGCGUGAGCGGGUGGAGGAGCCAUGGCAGCAGCAGCAUGUCCCGUCGUCGUCGCCGCAGCAGCAGCCAAGGCUGCCUCCGAGCCUUAGCCAGCAGCAGCAGCAGCAGCAAAGCUAUUCACAGCAGCAGCAACAGCAGCACAGCUGUUCACAACAGCAGCAACAGCAGCAGCAGGCGGAACCUGUGGCGCCAUCGCCGCCGCCAUCGCAGCACCAUCUGCUGGACAGAGUGUCGUCUGGCUGGGGCCCAGUGGCUGGCUAUGAUGGCGGGGCGCACCAACCUGCUGCCCACAGCCCCCUGCCUGUGGCGUGCCGCCACACCGCACACAGCCCACUGGCGCAGGGCAUGUUUACCGUGCAACGGCUGGCCAGCAUUCCGCCGCCCAACAGCAGACCCAGCGGCGGCGGCGGCGGCGGCGGCACGGGCACUCCCCGCCGCGGCAGCAGCAGCGGCGCCAGCGUGGUGGCCAGCGUGGGCCUGACCGUGCAGCAUGAUGCGUUUGCUGCUGUGGCGGCCGCGGCUGCGGUGGACGCCAGCGAGCGCAUGCCUUCCCACCGCCACACCUCCUCGGGCGGCAGCGUCGGCAGCGGCAACCCGUUUCGCGACCCGCCUGCCGCGCCCGCUCACCAGGCGGCGCUGUCGAGGCAGCUGACGGGGGUGGGGCGCACCACCAGCUCGGCAUCCUCCUUUGGCGAGUGGUCUGCCGCCUGGCCCACUGGGGACGGGCCCCUGGGCGCGGGCAUGCCAGCCAGCAGCAGUGGCACGGGGCACACGCCGACCGCAGAGCUGGCCGCCUUCUCCCUGUCCCCCCGCUAG